AUGAAGGAGAUGCCCUGGAAUAGAUUCAUGCCCUUCCUUUCAAAAUGUUGUACUUCUACCGUUCAGACAUCCUCAUCAUAUUCAUCUUUUUCCUCGUCCUUGUCCCCGAUACAACCCUGGUUAUUUGUCGGUCUUGGCAACCCUGGUGAGAAGUAUCAAUCCACCAGGCAUAACGUGGGUUUUGAUAUGAUAGAUGCAUUUGCGCAAUCCCAGGGUAUACCCCUGACUACACAUUACUUCAAAGCACUCUUUGGUGAAGGGAUGGUUGAUGGAGUCCCUGUUCUUCUUGCCAAGCCCCAGACUUAUAUGAAUCUCAGUGGAGAAUCUGUUGGUCCACUUGCUGCCUAUUAUAAACUGCCACUUAAUCGUGUCCUAGUGGCGUUUGAUGAUAUGGACUUGCCAUGUGGAGUUCUCCGUUUACAGCCAAAAGGAGGUUUUGGACGGCAUAAUGGGUUGAAGAGUGUAAUAUACCACUUUCGUAAGAAUCGAGAAUUUUGCCGAUUAAGGAUUGGAAUUGGACGGCCACCUGGCCAGAUGGAUCCUAAAGCCUUUGUUCUUCAGAAGUUCAAUAGGACUGGUCGUGAACGGAUUGAUUCAGCCAUAAGAGAGGGUGUCGAUAUUCUGAAGAUGGUGGCCACCAGGGGUUUGACAGAGGCGGCAAGAUUGUCAAAUGCAGAUCAGAAGUAUAAGCAUCUGAGAUCACAUGAUAUUCAGACUAACGAUGACUAG